AUGGCUGAGAAACAGCAGGGAAUCGUUGCCUUAUGUAGCUUCAACGGGAGCCCAGGACCGACAAUAUGGAAAAAGCUGCAAGAGCAGAGUUUGCUGCCGAAACCUCUGCAAAUGGUACAGUCAUUCAGCGGUUACCAGUACUUUACCUUGUUAGGCUAUAAUUAUUCUGACCAAGACAUAUUGGGUCAAGCCUUUGAAGAUGCCUUAGAGGUGUUACAGCAACAUUCUGAUGGUGAGAUUCAGUAUUCACCAGUAGAUUAUAAAAAUUGCCAGACCCUAAUCAACCACCAUCCUCACCUCAGAGCAAGUCCAAACUACUCUGCAGCACCACCUACAGAGGAACCACUAUACAACUGGAGAAAUGUAAUAAAUAGCGCAACAGAUUUAUAUUCUGAAGGAACUCUUUACCACACUCUGUCGAAUAUUCCAGAAAACCAAGUGAUGCAUACUACUGCUAGCCAGCAAAAAGGAGGGAAAGGAAGAAAAAAGCUUCGCUUGUUUGAAUAUCUUCAUGAGUCUCUGUGUGACCCAGCUAUGGCAAACUGCAUCCAGUGGGUGGAUAAACCCCAUGGUGUCUUCCAGUUUGUUUCCAAAAACAAAGAGAAACUUGCAGAGCUGUGGGGGGAAAGAAAGGGAAACCGCAAGGUCAUGACAUAUCAGAAAAUGGCCAGAGCACUGAGGAACUAUGGAAGAACAGGGGAAAUCAUUAAAAUCCGAAGGAAGCUGACAUAUCAGUUCAGUGCAGCUGUUUUACAAAGACUCUCCCCUUCUUACUUCCUGGGGAAAGAAACAGUUUAUUGUCAGUAUCUUCAGUACAAUCAAGAAUACCAGUGUUCAGAUGACUGGAUCACUUAUAACAAUUACGUGUAUAACAGUGAGCUGCAGCAUGCUAACGGCUAG